AUGAUAACAUCCAUUGAACACUUACCUGAUGAAAUUUUAUUAAACAUUUGUCAAUAUUUAUCUCAAUAUGAUAUUAUUCUUGCUUUUUUUGGUUUAAAUAAUCGUCUCAAUUGUACAGUUUCACAAUUCAUUCAAACACUUAUUAUUUCUAAUGAAAACUACUUCACUCAUCGAGAAAAUUAUCAACUUCUUUCUAUUAUUGGACCUUAUCUUCAUUCACUUACAAUCAAACAUACUCAUUUGUCUUCAGCUGAGAUCAGUUUAGCAUCAAAUAUUCAAGAAUUAACAUUUAUUCAUUCACAACUUGAUGAUCUGCCGCCACUUCGAAAUCUAACUGAUUUGAAUAUUAUCUAUGGAUCAACAUUCAAAUUGAUUGAUGUUUUAUUUUCAAAUAAUAACAAUAAUCUUCAUUCUAUUUUUUUAGUUUCCACAAGUCCUUUAAAAAUAUCUAUUUUUUCACCACCAAAAUUUUCUAAAAUCAAACAACUUGCUAUAUCUCUUCAAUCAUUUGAUGAUUUUGUUCACUUGCUUCAUAUUUGUCCUGAACUUACAUGUCUUAGUCUAAUGCUUCAAUCUUGGAAUUCUAUAAAUAUUCAAAAUUUAGACAAUCAAUCAUCUAUCGACACAUCUACUACUCUUCGUAGUUUUUCUCUUCGAACAACAUAUGAUCUGAAUAUUAGUUUAAAUGAAGUAAAAUAUAUACUUAAACAUCUAACAACAAAACUUGAACAUAUUGCUAUUGAAAUUUAUACUGAAGAUAUCGCUUGUCUUGACGGUGAACAAUGGGAAAAUUAUUUAAAAGAAAAUCUACCAAGCUUAACUCAUUUUGAAUUUUUAAUUCUUUUAAGAAAAGACUAUCCACAUGGAUCGAAACCAUUACAAAUACCAGAUAUCGUAAAAACCUUUCAAAGUGCAUAUUGGUCAAAAAUUACACCUCAAAAGAUAACUGGAUAUUAUAAUCGAUGUUAUUCUGGUGUAUCUUUAUGUAUACAUACGGAAAUUAUUCCAACAGUGAGACGACGACGUUACUUUUUAUAUUAA